AUGUGUAGCAUGCGCCUCCAGAUGUUAAGGUAUCUGUCAGCGUCACGCAAGUGGGUACCGGAAGGGAUCGAUGCAUGUUCGAGCUAUCUACACCUGGUCGCCUGGGGUACUGCGGCGCUAAUGACGAUCGUCGUUCUUGUCAUGCAAAGGGUGGACGCAUCGGAACUGUCUGGAAUCUGUUCUGUGGGUAAUACGGAUCCAAAUUCGCUCUUGUUCUUUUCUUUGGUGCCUCGUUCGGUGCUCGUGUUCUUUGGCACGUGUUUCGUCAUCGCCGGUUUCGCCAGCAUGUGCCGUGAACGUGACAGUUUCAGAAGACGAGGAACGGAUACGUCAAAGCUCGACAAGCUGAUGUUCAAGAUGGGCCUAUUCUGCCUGCUCUACAUCUUUCCGGCGGUAACACAGAUCCUCUGUGAUAUCUAUGCUUUCAACACCGUAAAGAGAUGGUAUCCGACUACAAUCGCAUGCAAGAGAAGUGGCGGCGUUGAGAGUGGUCACUGCCAUCGCCAACAUCUACCACAGGCAGAGAUCUAUCAUCUGAACCUGAUGAUGUCGCUGGCUGUGGGAGCGUCUUGUGCGAUGUGGGUACUGUCUCCGAAAACCCUGCUGUCGUGGCAUCGUGUGCUGUGCUGCGGAAUGUGCCGUUCUGCUCCACAGAAACCGACAACCACUAGCACAACGGGUGCAACACGUCCACUUCUGGAGCCGCCAACAGCACCACCACCACAUCCACCGUCACACUACGUGCCGAUGUCGUCACAUGGUCAGAAUGCUUGGCGACCAUCCAAAGUCGUCUAA